GCCUGGAGCUCGGGGCCAGGUGUUUGGGGCCUGCACGGAGUUCGGGGCCUGCUCCAGAGCCCGGCCCGGGCCUGCCCUCCGCCCCCUCUCGCCCCCUCGCGCCCCGGGCGGGCCCAGCACGUCUCGCGAGCGGCCCGCAGCGGCGGGGGAGGCGGGGCCGGACGGCCGGGCAGGGCCGGGGCGGCGCCGAGGCCGGGCUGGAGCGGGAGCCCGUUCGGAGCGGGAGCGGCGGCCGGGCAGGGUGGGGCGCGCGGGCCGGCGAAGAUGGCGAGCGUGGGGCUGCAGUUCCAAGCGAGCGCCGGGGAUGCGGACCCGCAGAGCCGGCCGCUGCUGCUGCUCGGCCAGCUGCACCACCUGCACCGCGUGCCCUGGAGCCAUGUCCGCGGGAAGCUGCAGCCCCGGGUCACCGAGGAGCUCUGGCAGGCCGCUCUAAGCACGCUCAACCCCAACCCCACGGACAGCUGUCCCCUCUACCUGAACUAUGCCACUGUGGCCGCCCUGCCCUCCCGGGUGAGCCGGCACAACAGCCCCUCGGCCGCCCACUUCGUCACCCGGCUUGUGCGGACCUGCUUGCCGCCGGGAACGCACCGGUGCAUCGUGAUGGCCUGCGAGCGGUCCGACGUCUUCGCCUCCGCCUGCGCCUUGGCCCGAGCCUUCCCGCUGUUCACCCACCGCUCCGGCGCAUCACGGCGCACGGAGAAGAAGACGGUCACCGUGGAGUUUUUCCUGGUGGGACAAGACAACGGGCCGGUGGAAGUGUCCACUUUGCAAUGCUUAACAAACACCACAGACAGCGUGCGGCUGGCAGCCCGCAUCGUGGACACGCCCUGCAAUGAGAUGAACACGGACACGUUCCUUGAGGAGAUUAAGAAAGUUGGAAAAGAACUGGGGAUCACCCCAACCAUCAUCCGGGACGAGGAGCUGAAGACCCGAGGAUUUGGAGGAAUCUACGGCGUUGGCAAAGCCGCCCUCCACCCCCCGGCUCUGGCCGUCCUCAGCCACACCCCAGACGGAGCCACCCAGACCAUCGCAUGGGUGGGCAAAGGGAUCGUCUACGACACCGGGGGUCUCAGCAUCAAAGGGAAGACCACCAUGCCAGGGAUGAAGAGGGAUUGCGGGGGCGCCGCAGCCAUCCUGGGGGCCUUCAGAGCCGCCAUCAAGCAGGGUUUCAAGGACAACCUUCAUGCCGUGUUCUGCUUGGCCGAGAACGCAGUGGGGCCGAACGCGACGCGGCCCGAUGACAUCCACCUGCUGUACUCGGGAAAGACUGUGGAAAUCAACAACACGGACGCCGAGGGCAGGCUGGUGCUGGCGGACGGCGUGUCCUACGCCUGCAAGGACCUGGGGGCCGACAUCAUCCUGGACAUGGCCACGCUGACCGGGGCCCAGGGCAUUGCCACGGGCAAGUACCACGCCGCCGUGCUCACCAACAGCGCCGAGUGGGAGGCGGCCUGCGUGAAGUGCGGGAGGAAGUGCGGGGACCUGGUGCACCCGCUGGUCUACUGCCCGGAGCUGCACUUCAGCGAGUUCACCUCGGCCGUGGCCGACAUGAAGAACUCCGUGGCGGACCGGGACAACAGCCCCAGCUCCUGUGCCGGCCUCUUCAUUGCCUCGCACAUCGGCUUCGACUGGCCCGGGGUCUGGGUCCACCUGGACAUCGCUGCACCCGUGCACGCCGGCGAGCGCGCCACGGGCUUCGGGGUGGCCCUCCUGCUGGCGCUCUUCGGGCGAGCCUCCGAGGACCCUCUGCUGAACCUGGUGUCCCCGCUCGGCUGCGAGGCGGACGCCGAGGAGGAGGGGGACGUGGAGAGGGACUCCAAGCGGCGCAGGCUCGUGUGAGGCCGGCCGCCCUCCCGGCCCAGCGACGGACGGCCCUGCCUCGCUCUGCACUCAUUAACUUUAAGCAAUUGGAAGAGAACACCAUAAGAGGGGCUCUGGUUUGUUUUUGUGUAUAGUUGUCGUGGCGAUGGAAAUGGCUCCUUCUGUCUUCGAAGGCAGUGGAGGAGUCGCGGGGCCCUGGGGGAGGGGCGGGAAGCACGGGGGGCCGUUGCUGUUCCAGCGGCCCGCAGGCAUCCCCCCAGCUGCUGCGAACUGCGCUCCCCCCCCCCCGGGGCCUCUGCAUGACCUUGGGCCCCAGGACACACCGGCAGCCCCAGUGCCUUUGGCCUGGUGGCCCUCACAUGUCCUGCAUCCACUUGGUGCCUGAGACAGACACUCGUGGCCCUGUUUCCAGCCCCAGGCCCCUCGCAGGGGGCACCUGUAUUACAGGGAGCCCGGGCCCACGCUUCAGGCCGGGGCUGCUGCUGUGUCCGGGCAACCAACCCCUUCCAAAGGACGGAGGUGACUUGCUUCGGGGAAUCCAUGUUUUAGAGCAAAAGGAGUCUCUGCUCCGGCCCCCUCCAGUCCGCCCGUGGUUGAAUUAAAUGUGGCUGCCCCUCAUCGCA